AUGAUCUUCCUCAAUGAUAUUUUGUUUCUGCUAUUUGUAUUUUUAUAUAAGAUUUUUUUGGCUAAAGCUCCAAUUGAGUUUUCUUCUAAAGUUCUGCCAAAAAUAAAAGGUCAAACUGAUAAAGUGGAGCUGAUGUAUGUGAUACAAGGAGCUAUUACUGAAGUAAGCCGCCCCGAACACAGUAUGAUAUAUUUAGCAUUUCAGAAUAAACGUGGGCAAUCUAUUGACCAAGAAAGCCAACACGAAUCAAAACGGAUCAUAAUGGCAAAAGCUGAUGAAGAAAAGCUAAUUUGUGCAACAACAGAAUAUUUUGUGAUUAAAGAAAUUCUGGAAAAUGUCAAGAUACCUUUUAUUGAAAGAGAAUUUUCAAUUCAAAAGAAACUUGCACACAAAAACGUGGUCCUUGUUUACCACCGGAAUAUGAAUCAGAUAUUUAUGGAAUAUGUAAACGGGUGCGAUUUAUUAGAUGUCCCUCAAUAUUGGAACAAAAAUGUCAAGAUAUUCGCUUAUAUUUUCAAAGAAGUUGCACAAGGUGUUAAAUUUAUCCAUCAAAAUGGUUUUGUGCAUGGGGACUUGAAGCUUGAAAAUAUAUUGGUAUCAAGGGAUGGAUAUAUUAAAAUCACCGAUUUUGGUGCUGCUGUGGAGACCAAAAGAGUUAGCGUAAAAGAUGCUGGAAGAACAAAAGGAAUUGGUGCAUAUGAAACUCCAUAUUCAAAUGAAGAGUUCAUGUUUACUUUUACGUUGCCAUAUGUUGCGCCAGAGUUUAUUGACCCAGAAUCUGUCGCUCCAAAAGACGUAAAGGACACACUUAUCAACAAAAUAGGGGUUACAUCAAAAUGGAUUGCGUUAAGCCCCGGAGAGCUGAAGUUUAAUCUCAAAUCUAACGUCUUUCCCACCAAACAAUCUGAUGUCUUUUCCUUUGCAGCUACCGUUGUUGGCUUUUUUAGCGCUAAAAAUGGAGCCAGGUACGACCGUAACUACUUCUCUUUUCAAGAAGAGGGAAAAAAGGAAAACUAUAGCGAUAUCUUCAAUUUGAUAGAAACCUUUAAUGUCGAGUUGGCUAAAAUUAUUCACCAGGCUCUUGAUCCAUCUAUUGACAAAAGACCCACUAUUCAACAGGUUCUCGAAUGUCUCGAAAAGUUACCCUGUUCCACUGAAGCUGAAUUUAAGGAUUUUGCUGCAGAUGUUCAGCUGCCUCACAUCACUACUUAUACAAAAAAAAGGUCUGCAAAUAAUCGAGAAGAAAAACAUAUUCCGCAAAAAAUUCAGCGAAAGCAGCUUACGAGAAAAGACUAA